ACAGACGCCAUGAUUUUUACUGCUGGACCAGAAAAUGGAUCCUGCUAACGUUAGCUAGUUGAAUGGGUGUCUGUAGCUCCCAGGAGGGUUUGCGCAGCAUUUUAAAAACCACCCGUCUUGGAUACUACACUUAAAAGACACAAACCUACCUGUCGGUGUCCUUUUAAAGACAAUCUGAUCUGUUAUUAAACAAUAUAAACACGCUGCUGCUGCUAAAGUGGAGCUGGGUUUGCUAGCGGCUAGCUGGCUAAUGCUAGCAGGCACCACAGGGCUGCUAAUGUUAGCUGGCUAGCUAAGAGAGGCUAGCCCGAUUAUAAUAGCCGGCUGAUUAUCAAAAUAAACGCGCUGUUUGUUAUUUGGAGAUAUAAAUCGGACCAGAGGCUACACCUGAAGGUAUGGCCUGGAUUUGAUUUGGACGGUGCUGGUGAUGGCAGAAGGGACUGACACUGGCGAAAUGCCCUCCUCUGACCCAAGUCCAAGUUCUGAAGCAAAAAAGAGACCCAUUUCUUCUGAUGGAAGAGACGAGCCCAUGAGGAAAAUGCCUGUGUCAAAAUUUGGUUCCAGACCUCGAUUUGAGCCUGUACACUUUGUCAGUGGCGGAAGCAGCGGAGGAACCGGCGCUGAUGAGAAGGAGAACGAUAAGGAGCGCAGGAGGAGUGAGUCAUACGGUGCGAGACAGUGGGACUCUGAACACUCUUCUUACAGCGGCACCAGCAGGGCGCAGGGCUCCUCCUCUCUGAGGCCUGCUUUUGACAGGGUGCCAUCGUACAGUUCUGACUCUUGGGGUUCCCAUAGAGACAGAGACCGAGACAGAGAGGCCUUUUCAGGUAGCACAAGUGGGUUGGGGUAUGGAGGCCGUGGGUCCACCUCAAACUUCAUGACAAAAACACAGCAGGACUACACAGCCAAGUAUGAAGCCCAAUCCUCUCGAACUUUAGAGUCCUACUCUCAGCCCCACAGAUACAAUGGAUACGGGGGAGGAGGAGGAGGAGGAGGUGGAGGAGGUGGAGGAGGUGGAGGUGGGGGUGGGGGUGGAGGAGGGAGCAGAUCAGGAGGCUGGGAUUUGGGACGUCAGGGUUUGGGGUACAGUCAUCAGGACCGGCCUUCAUCGAGCAGGCCUUUCAGCAGAGUCUACAACAGCCCGAGCAGGAGCAGCCCCACCACUUCUCAGUCGGGCUCGUCAUCGCAGCCUCUUCCUAUUUCUCAGCCGACAUUAGACGAGAAGCAACGGCUGAUUUCCAAUGUAGCGUCUGCACUGGCUGUUGCGUUUAGGGACCCUAUGUUCAUGACUGGAAGUGAGUCGCCAAACUAUAAUUUCAUGUUGAGUCGCAGCAUUCAGGCCUGCAAGACUAAUCCUGAGUAUAUUUAUGUCAACCUGAAGGACAUUCCUCAGGCUGACCUACCGAAGAACAGGAAAGUACCAACAGACGGGUACGCCUGUGAACUGAGAUGUCAGGGUGUGUAUCUUGCUACCGGAUACUCUGGUAGUAAAAAUGGAGCGAGGGACCGAGCCUCUGAGCAGGCUGUAAAACUCUUCCUUAAACCAGUUGAGGUUCGUGUGGUCCAGCGCAAAUACAGACACUCGGUAGUCAACGACAUCGUUGUGUGCCAGAUGCAUGGCCCGACCCCGGGCUUUGUACCUGCGCUCCGAAACCCAGAGGACAAACCCACACCGAGCUCCAAGGGCCAAUACGAGCCUGACAAACGUAAGCACUGGACAGAGUUUGUGGUUAUGGACAAUGCUCACGACGCCAUAUGCAUACUCAACAAUUCUGCGGCUUUUAAUCGCAUGAAGAUAGAUUACAAGUUCGAUCUGCUACCCAACAACAGCUGGCUGUGCAGUGUUUUCCUGCAGAGCGAGCUGGUGGCGCAGGCGACGGGUACCAAAAAGAGCUCAAAGCACGCAGCAGCAGAAGACGCAGUGAGGAAACUUCGCAUGAAUCAGGCGCAACGACAACAGCAGCAGCAACAGCAACAGCAGCAGCAACAACAGCAGCAGCAACAACAACAACAACAACAGCUUUCACAAUACUCCAGAGGAAAUAAUCAAUCAGAUUCUGGUGGACGCUUUGGGCAACAGGUCAGCAAAAAGAAGCAUCUGAGCGAGCUGGUUAUUCUGGAAAACUCUGACAAUGCAAUCUGUAUCAUUAACGACACAGCUCAGUUUAAUAAAGUGACUGCUGAUUACAAGUUCACAGUUCUGCCGGAUCAUCGCUGGAGGUGUGAAGUGUACUUGGAAGGACAGUAUGUAGCAGCAGGGAUUGGACCCAAGAAAAUAGUGAAGCACAUUGCAGCAGAUGAGGCCUUAGCCACCUUGAGGCAAACGCAGGCUGUGGUCAAAUCCAACCUCAGAAAGGAGGGUCACAGCGACGCCAUAUCCCGAUCCCAGAUCCUGGCUCGCUCUGGUGAGGAGGCCACGAGGCAGGAGAUCAAGGAAGACAACAUCGGAAACCAGCUGCUCCGCAAGAUGGGCUGGAAAGGAGGCGGCCUGGGUCGAGACGGGGAAGGCAUCGCAGAACCAAUCAGAGUGAAGGAACAGUUCUCCAGAGAAGGGUUGGGAAUGGACACGGACAAAACUGGAAACCAGCUCAGCAAGCGCGAUAUUGAGGACAUCAUUCGUAACUACGCCAGUUCAGACCGCCAGGAUGAUCUACGGUUCUCCACCGAUCUCACCAACGAUGAACGCAAACAGAUCCACCAGAUAUCUCAGAAAUACGGCCUACGCAGCAAGUCGUACGGACAGGGACGGCAACGGUUCCUCGUUGUCAGUCGCAAAGUACACAAAGACCAGCUCAUUGGUCAGCUUUUGCAGGAGGGACAGGUGGGACGAUAUGAGCUUGUGAAACCUCAGGCCUCUCACUGAUUUGCAUGCAGGGCAAAAUUCAAAACAAAUCAUCAGUCAUCCGCUUGGACUUUAGUACAAAUCUCACUUAACAGCUGUGUUGAUACUUGUGACAAACUUACAGCACACAUUAAUAAAAGAGAAUCCUUUGGGGAUCACCUGUGGUUUCUGCAUUCCUUUGAAAAGAAAUGUACUUUAGCUUUAGCAGGGACUUAGGAAAAGUCAUUUGUUUUCUGCCAUUCCACGUCUUAUCUUCGUUUCGCAUCUGCACAAGCUUGUGCUCAGUACUUUGUGGUAUCAUGUCCUAAUGAUGUCCUGUUAUUUUAUCAAUCUUCAAGUUGGGAGUUUUUUUGUCGCCAAAAUCCACUUUUUGUUCCGUGGCUAUUUAAGGAACCUGGCAGAAUAUGCAGCUCUUCACUGCUUGUUUGUAACAUUGUGGACAGUUAACUCAUGAGGCAACAAAUCAAAUUGUAGCUAGGUGCUCAUAUCAGUCCCACUGUAGUGAUGCAUCAAUAUCUCCCUACCAGCAGUGUCAUUUGCUCUUCUAACACUUGGAGGUCAUUGUACAAUUACAAGCUGCAUCCAUAAUGACAAAAUCUUCACAUGGAAACUGUAAGCUGUGAUCUUUGUUAAAUGUCACGUGUUGGUUUGUGAGUACAGUUAACUUGUCUGCUUGUUUUCACAGCUGUAAUUACUGAAUAAAUUAAAACUGAUAACCA